AUUUAUGUCUUCGCCGCGUUUAAUUGCGCAAAUCCAAUUUUCUUCUUUGUCGGAAACAUCCUCGCGCAGCUUCGCAACGCUAUCGUUGUUGUGGUUAUUGUGUGAAGCAGCGUGUGAAACCGGAAGUAUUUAAAACCACAGAUUCUGUAUAUUAUUUUGAAGUAGAGGCGGUGUCUCCGCGGUGUUUGCUCUUGAAAUAAAAUACAUCUUUCUAAUUUUCUCGCAAUAAAAUCUAAUAUUGAUUUCUCGUUAAUUCAUUGUGUGCGAGUUACGUACAUGCAUGUGCAUCCCACAUAUUUGCAUAAAGAUGAAGUGUUCUUCGAUAAUAUUGUUGCUAUUCGCUUUCUUCGGCCAGUACAUCAUUUGCUCUUGGCAGGUGCAGAGAGGAUGUCCUAUGAUACGAUUGAACAACGGAAGAAUUCGCAUUCGAGGUCGAGGUAGAAUCGCGAGGUUUAAUUGUUUCGAUGGAUUUACUCUUGUGGGCAACAAAUAUUCCACGUGUGUACGUGGGCAAUGGGACACAUCUGUCCCCGUGUGUGUGAACGCGGAAUGUCCCGUACCAUCAGCGCCUAGUCACUCAAUUAUAGUACAAAAAUUAAAUGGUGGAAUAUUAAUGUUCUUCUGCGAACCUGGUUACUUCCUGAUUGGUAACCCUGAAAUUUAUUGCGAUGGACGUCAAUGGAAUGGAACAAUUCCUUAUUGUCGAAAGGCGAACGCAACCGCACCGACACAAUGCGAUUUUGAAAAUCCGGAUCUUUGUUGGUGGGAACAAGACCCACAACACGAUUUUGAUUGGAAACGUCAUAACUUUGAGACACCGAGUUUACAUAUUGGUACUGGUCCGACGCACGAUCACACUUUGGGAGCUGGAAAUGACGGAUAUUAUCUUUAUAUUGAGGCAUCCGGACGAUUGAUAAACGAUACAGCGAGAAUCAUAUCUCCCCUGUACAAUUCUUCAUUGACUAAUUCAGGAUGUUUCUCAUUCUGGUAUCAUAUGUACGGUGCCACAAUUGGCUCAUUGAAUAUAUAUUUCAAGCAAGAGGAUACUACGCCACGAUUGAUAUUCACCAAAAGUGGAAAUCAAGGAAAUCAAUGGUUCCAUGGCAUUUCCGAAUUACCAAAAGCUAACGCCAGCUUUCAGAUUAUUAUAGAAGGAGUGCGAGGUAUCACUUAUGUGAGCGAUAUUGCAAUAGACGAUGUCGCUAUUUUACAAGGAGACGAUUGUAUUGUUAAAAACGAAUCUGUCAACGUAACAGUAAGCGAUGAGGAUCAAAUCGAAAUAGUUAACGCGCAACAAACCUGUCGAGACAGAUGCGUUUCAUCAGAAAGCAUUGCUUCUGUCCCGCCAUUUGGACCGGAGAGUUGCCUUUGCACGAUCGAUUGUGCGGAACGCUCUAUUUGCUGCCCAGAUUACGCUGAAUAUUGCAUACUAGGAUAUAGCACAAUAUUCGAUAAUGUCACAGUAGGAUCACCGAGUGCAGCGACGGUUGCACCGGUGAAGAAUUCUACUCUGACAGGCUUUCCUAUAAAUCCGAAGGAUGACAUCGACCCAGGUAUGUUCAACUCGACGACAUUGACGACUACGCGAAGACCUAACACCAUAACGACAACGCGAAGACCUACGACUACAACACCUCAAAUGAAGCCUCAAACCAAGAAACCGACCAUACGGAGAACAACACCUGCAAAACUAACGCAGCAGACGGAAACGAAAGAAACACCUUUCGUACCCCAGAUAAAAACUUCGACAACGAAAUACAUAGAACUUCAAGAUCGAUCUGAUUUACACACCGCGGAGCAAAAUCCGGAAAAGGUGAAACAGGGUAGAGGCAUCGAAAUACUGGAAAUCGUCGCCGCAGUGGGUGCAACUUUGGUCGUGCUUUGUGUGGCACUUGCGACUGUGAUUAUUGUUAUCAGAAGGAGGAAAACUUAUAAAAGAGGAGCGAGCGGAUCGGCCCUCUCGGAAGACAGCGAUAUGUAUCACACUAUUGUUACCAUCAUUGCCACUAUUUGUUGUUUCCUCGUAUUGAGAGCAACAGCGGAAGAGAUUGUCCAACAGAAUCAACGAUCUCUGGACCUCGGAAAUGUCGCUAUCGAAGAUCAGGUCGAUGGUGGUGCGAUACACACCAGGGAAAAGAGAACAUUAUUCUUGAAAAAGAAGCUGCUGGGCGCUGGUCUUCUUGGUUUCGGUCUUGGAGUCGCAAAAGGUUACAAGGCUGGUUAUUAUGGUGCACCGGAAGUGCAUCACGUUUACCUUUCGCCACCAGAGAAAUAUGUGGAAUUCGUCGAGAAACCCAUUUACAUAGAGAGAAUUGUCCCAAAACCUAUUUAUAAACCGCAUACCGAGUAUGCUGCGCCAGUCUGGUCGCAACCAGACCCAUCCUAUGGGUAA